CUCUUGUGGCCUCUACCUAGGAGCGCCCCAUUCUUGCCCUGGGUUGUUUUGGAACCUUGCCCCGAAGGUCUCCUCUAAACCCCCGGUCUUUCCCCCUUCUUAUAUAUCUCCGGCUUUGUACAAAGGUUGUAGGUUGCUUGCUCGCCCAAUGUCCAGCCAUUCUUGGUAUUGGAGCUGCACCUAUGACCUGUCGGCUCAACCAGCCUACUCUUGAACCACCCUAACUGAUGCGCAAAGCUGCCAUUGGCUCGCAAACCACCCGACGGUUCAUAAUAAUCGUUACUACGACUCUGAGAAAUUUCAGUGAAAUCGCUCUUGUUCUGCGUCCUCCAUCGAACAACGUGUCCCCUGUCAAAGAUGCUUUCGCAGCGGCGCAUUAGGCUUCUGACCAUUGCCGUGCUGGUGAUGGUCCUGAUGGCCUUUUACUAUUCGAGUGAAGCACGGAGUGUCCAGAACCAACAAUUCUAUCGGUCGACCGUGGCGGCAAUGGAAGCUCGAAAGCAGGCCAAGGAAGCGGGGACCCCAGCAAACAUCCCGGCACCGAAAGAACAGACCAUUCAGAAUCCAAUUAAGGAAGAGAUGAAGCCUGUAGGGAACAACGACCGGGAAGAACCAGCCAUUCCCAAGGCCAACGGUGCGGAAGAAAUGGAAGAGAUCCCAAUCGCGGGCCGGACGAAGAUGACGAUACCCAAAAACCGAAAUGAUCUGGAGAAAGAGAAUUCAGAACAGGCUCAUGCCCAAGAGCCUGAGAGAGAUGACCACGCGGCCGCGGUUGCUGAGUUGAAUGGGAUAUUGAAACGAGCACCAAUUAUUGUCUUUUCGAAGUCCUACUGCCCGCAUAGCGCCCGAGCGAAGUCCAUCCUCUUAGACAAAUACUCCAUUGUCCCUGCGCCUUUCGUUGUGGAACUGGACCAGCAUGAACUGGGUCGACCACUGCAGACAUUGCUGGGAGAGAAUACCGGCCGUCACACCGUCCCUAAUGUGUUGGUGAAUGGGAACAGCAUAGGAGGAGGGGAUGAUGUGACAGCCCUCGACCAGAGGGACGAAUUGGCGUCAACAUUGAAAAGCUUGGGGGGCAAGUGGGUCCAGGAGGUCCGUCGCAAAGAAUGAAGCCACUAGAUAGUAUGCAGAUAGAUAGACCUCAUGACAGAGUGACCUGGAUGUCUAUGGCCAGAGUGACCGAGACAUUGAGGGCUCGGUUUCCCGGCCAUCAUGCCAGUCAUCGAAACCCUGGUCUCUUGUCAGUGGCACCCAAUGGUUGGGCUGAUCUCCAAAGGGGGACGUUGGCUCCGAGCAAAUGGGAUUACAUGGGAGAUGGGAUUUGGGACGGGG